AUGUCCGCAGACACAACGCCCAUAUCCCCCGCGCGCUUCGCCUCCGCCAUCAAAGACCUCUCCCUCGGCAUGCUCCACCUCAAGGUCCUCGAAAUCCGCAACUCCAUCGCCCACCUCCAAUACUCAAACGACCAGCUCAAGCCCUUUGCGGACGGCACCUCUGCCGCGCUGGGCGAGUCCGCAACCCCCGCUGCUCCCGACCAGGACUGCAUCGACGCCAUCAAGGAGAACGAGGUCGUCAUCGAUCGCAUGGCCGAGCGCCUGGCAAUCAUCCGCGCAGAGGUCGAGGACCGCGGCGUCAGCUGGACCGAGUUUCAGAGCCAGGACGAGGUCGAGGCAAACACAAACGCCGAGGUGGGUGAAGCCCUGACGAACGGAGACGUUGUUGCGGACGACCAAGCGGCAGAGACGACGAGGCAUUCGGCGUGGACGGACGGCACUUUCCAGACUGGCACGAUAUCCAACGGCCAGGUGCGAUUUGAUAGCCAGCCAGGAGAACAGACCACAUCGGUGAACCAGAGCGAGGCGCAAUCAACGACGCAAGGUGCAGAAAGGCAAGAUGGCCAUGAUGAUGAGGAGGAGGGUGGUUUGCAUCUAUGA